AUGUGCAGCAAGUGGCGGAGGGCCCACCGCAACUUCGUCAGUUCGUCCGACGGUCCGAGUCGUCCCCACUGGCUGCGCACCGAGGCGCCGCGCGGCCGACGCCCUCGCCCAGAUCCCGGCUCCCUGCAGCGGCGCCCUCCGCCCCUACGGCCCCGGUCCCCGAGUCCCCGACGCGCCUGGGCACCUCGCUGCCUCCCCGGCUCCGUGCUGCAGGCUGGCGUCCGCGGCGGAGCGGUUCUACGGGGCGGCGGCGCGGUCGGUGCUGGCAGCGCUGGAGCGCAACCUCAUCUCGGACGCGGGACGCGGUCACCCGGCGCCUCACGCGGCUGCUGCUCGCGCGGUGGCAGCUGGAGCAGCUCCUUAGUCGACGCCCGAUUCCGCUCGGCGGCGGACCUCGCCACGGCCGCCGACGUCGAGGCCGAGAUCCGCGGGCGCUGCGCGGAGCUUGAAGCCUUAGUAUCCGACCUGUCCGUACGCAUAUACGAAGCUGCUGCUGCGCACUCGUCUUGCCGCGAGGCCGCUGGUUUGGCCCUUCGUGGCGUCCGCGACGGGCUUGGUGCCCUCAGAGCCUCCAUCUCCACAGCUCUCCAAGAGAUGCCCAUUGCGAUUGAGACGGACAAAGCUAAGGCCCAGCACUACGAGCUGCCAACCACAUUUUUCAAGCUCGUUCUCCGAAGGAAUCUCAAAUACAGGGAAGGCAGCCGCCGGCUCAAGCUCCAUGGAGCAACAACCAAGCUUUAG